GAAGCUGGGGAUUUAAAGCGAAACCCACGGUACAGUCACAAGCCUUGGCAACAGUGAUUGGCACUUUGCGGCUCGGCCCCAUCGCACCAAGCGAGGUCCGAGGAGGGCCCUGCCCGAGAGCGCUCAGGAGAGCUGGGUCUAAGGACAAGUUACAUCCAAGAAACCUGAUUCCGGAGCUCUGUAAGCAGUUUUAUCAUUUAGGAUGGGUCACAGGAACUGGUGGAGGAAUCAGCUUGAAACAUGGAGAUGAAAUCUACAUUGCGCCAUCAGGAGUCCAAAAGGAAAGAAUUCAACCCGAAGAUAUGUUUGUUUGUGACAUAGAAGAACGGGACAUCAGCAGCCCUCCACCACACAAGAAACUAAAGAAAAGCCAAUGCACGCCUCUCUUUAUGAAUGCUUACACCAUGAGAGGAGCUGGAGCUGUGAUCCAUACUCAUUCAAAAGCUGCUGUCAUGGCUACCCUUCUCUAUCCAGGAAGUGAGUUUAGAAUUACCCAUCAGGAAAUGAUAAAAGGAAUCAAGAAAUGCACUUCAGGAGGGUAUUACAGAUAUGAUGAUAAGUUAGUGGUCCCCAUUGUUGAGAACACACCAGAGGAGAAGGAUCUCAAGGAACGAAUGGCACAUGCAAUGGAUGAAUACCCAGACUCUUGUGCUGUAUUGGUCAGACGUCAUGGAGUUUACGUAUGGGGAGAAACAUGGGAAAAAGCCAAAACCAUGUGCGAAUGUUAUGAUUACCUGUUUGAUAUCGCAGUACAGAUGAAGCAGCAUGGACUAGAUCCUGCAAAACAUCCAGCUGAAGAAAACGGGAUUGUAUAAACUACUACAACACGGUUCUGUACCCCCACCCACCCAAAAUUGCAGUGCAAAAAGUGGAAAUGUAUUUGCCAACCUUUCAAGCGUUUAUAACUCAGCGCCCUUCUACUGCAUCUAGUAGUCUGCUUUGUCUGUCAAAAGGUGAAUUAUAGCUUAAGUGUUUAAUAACAGCAAGUGGAGGAAACAUAGCCCCCAAUCCUGCAAGCUGAUCUGUGCGAACAGACCCUUAUGACCAGGUCUACAGGAUCAGGGCCAUGCAUAGCAAUUCUGCUUCAGGGCUGGGUUUUUUCCCUUCAGUAGCAAUUGUUGAAUGCCAUUUGAUUAAUUUCAAUGGGCAUGGUGGGUCACUUGUGUACCUUGGACAGAAAAACUACAGUGGAUUUGGCUCCCUGUUGCCAAAGAAUCAGUGUUUAAUAGUAGCUGAAACUGUCUUAAAAUUAAAUGUCUCAUAAAAUGUAA